UGGGGAAAAUCAGUAAGGUCAUGACUCGGGGAAGUUGUGAUUAGGAAUAAAGGAAUAGUAUGAGAUCAACUAUUAUUCCUAAUCAAUUUAACUCUUGGUUUUUCAGAUAUUUGAUUUUGUAUAAUUUGGAAAUCACAAAAAAAUUUUAUUCUCUAUUAGUAAAUGCAAGUAAAGUUAUGAAUGGAAUUAAAUUUAUGUCAUGUUUACUUAUUAGGAAUGGGGAAGAUAUGAAUCGGGGAACUUGGAUAGGGGAAUCAAGAAAUUGGAAUUGAAUGAACCUACUCUAGGAAGUCAGAAAUUGGAAUAUUCUCAUUCUGUGUAAGUAAACUUUAUUAACAAAACACAAUUAACCGUUGAAGUUCUAAGCUUAGGGAAUUUAACAUAAACAAAUAAUGAUUCUCUAUGUAACCCAAUGAGCUGCAAUUCAUGCCGUAGAAAAAGAACAAACUAAUGUAGGAUGGGCCCCUUCUUGUAUAUGGGUAAAGCGAACACAUCUUUGCUUCUCCACCGCUCAGUUGUAUUAUCCACCUCACUCAAAACUCUAUAUAAGAACCCCAAAAAGACAAAAAAAGACGAAAAAAAAAUGUCCAGCACCAGAAGAAGCAGAGAGAGAACGAUGAAGCAGCUCAAUCUGGCACUACAAAUAUGCUUAACGACCUCUCUGAUACUACAGUUAGUCACUUGCUCAAACUCAACCCCAACGCCCAACCCAUGGCCAGACCAAUUCCAUGCACUUUUGUUUAUGAACUUGAGCACAACAAAGCUGCAGCUCAGUGACCUCUGGUAUGACUGGCCUAAGGGCCGAAACGUCAACAUAUUUCAGAAGCAGCUGGGUGAGGUUUUGUACGACGUAGAGUGGAACAACGGCACGUCGUUUUACUACACCAUAGGGGAAAAUGGAGCAUGUGAGGUUAUGGAGUUUGAAGUUGGCAUUCCUAGGCCUGAUUUUCUUCUUGAUGGGGCACACUAUCUUGGGACUGAAGUCACAGAUGGGUUUCUUUGCAAUGUGUGGGAGAAGGUGGAUUUUAUUUGGUAUUAUGAGGAUGUUUACACUAGGAGGCCAGUUCGCUGGGAUUUCUAUGAUGGAAUAUCUAGUCAGGUGAUGACAUUUGAGGUUGGUGCAGUUUUGCCAGAUUCAGUGACUCAAGCACCUGCAUACUGCUUCAACCAAGAGAAAGAUGCAUAAGCUUUAGAAAGUAAAUUGUCAACCAAGAGAAAGAUGCAUAUAUGCUUCCCCUUGAAGAAAACCUUUUCUGAGUUGUGACCCAUAGAGUCUAUGGAGUGGAUUAUUGAUCUCUGUUGUUAGCCAGUAUUAUUAGCUUAUUAUCAAAUACACAGACUAAUUGAGCAACUAGGAGCAGAAAAAUUAUGUCGAAAUAAUUAAUCUUUGUUCCGAACAAAUAAGUUUAUCAAACUCAACAAGGCAGGUCUGCUGUUUGUGUCCCAUGUAAAAUUAGUUUUAUCAAGGGUAGGUACUUGGUAGUUGGUAGGGGUGGACAUGGUUUGA